AUGGAGUUGGCGGAGGUGGAGGCGGAUUCAGCAGAUAUUGACGAGCUUCUUCGUGCAGACCUGCAAGCUCUGGUGGAGGCUCCGUUGGAAGGCUCGUGCUCCGGUGGCUCCUUCAGUGACACCUUGCUACGUGGCUACGAUGGUCAGGUGGAUGCUCACAUAGCCUUGCUUGCAGUCCGCUGUCCGGAGCUAGCGGAGAAAGCCAUCUCUCAGCCGAGCGAGCCGACCUGCAGAUUCCUUAUCCAAAUGCCUGAGACCCCGUUGGAAACUCUCCAGAAUGCAAUCUUCUUUCUGUACACCGAUCGCAUCGCGCCACAAGCCUGCGACAAUGUUGCCGAAAUGUUUGCAUUGCUCAGGAUGGCCCGUGACCUGUACCUGCCGGAAAAGAGUGACUCCUCAGCUUCGUCAGGGUGCAAGAGGAGACGCAUAGACACCAGAACGUGUGCUAUGAGGCGCUUGUCUAGCCUGUGCGAGCACCGUAUACGUGAGUUGCUGACUGCAUCGACUGUGAUAGAGGUUCUCUCGUGCUCAGUGAAGCUGGGUGCUGCGUUGCUGGAGAGCUGCGUGUACGACUUCUUGGCAAAGACCCCAGCUCAAACGAAGGAUGUAGAUUUCAGCAGGAGCCUCAUAAACACUCUGGGCAAAGAUCACCCGGAAGUGCUUGCGAAGGCAAUCUCAGCGACUGCGGGCAACAAGCCGGCUUUUAGUCUCUCUUGGGCCGAAGUUCCGGCUCCGUGCCUUCUCCUUCAUCUGCAGUCGCUCUGGCGACAAACUUUGGGACAGGACCACGCGGGAGAAGACGUGCGCGAGCCUGUAGCAAGGCCUGACUGCAAGCUGAAUUUGGGACGAGGGGAGGAUUCGCUACCCUGCCAUGUGCUUGCGCACCGUUUCCUUUUGGCAGCGCGAUCGAGGUUUUACGCUUGCGCACUGAGCUCACCUAUGAGAGAAGCUCAAACUGGGGACAUCUCGCUUGGAGUGAUACCUUCGCCCAGUGUCAGCAGUGUGCGGACUUUGCUCAAAUACCUUUACACAGGUAGAUUGGAGAUGAUCGAAGGCACGGAAGGCCAUGACCUGAUGCAAACUGACCUGCUCGACAUGCUUUCAAUCGUCGACGGCCCUGGAGGGCAGAACUAUUUGCAGCUUUCCCAGCAAGUGUGCGAUCUACUCCGGGACCAGCUGACAGAGCAGAUCAAGGCGAACCUUCGACAGGACAACAUGUGGAUGGUUCUUCGAAGGGCAACAGCUCAGCGCAAUCGAACCAUCCAGAAGGAGGCGUUCAUGGCAGUGCUGAGCUGUUGUGAGGAGCUCUCACGAGACGAGGAGUUGUUCAGGUGCUGGGGCGAUUGUCCUGUACAGACGGUGGACGCUUGGUGGACGCAGCGCAUGGAGUCGGAGCUGCUUCGUGAGAUGCUGAGGUUGAGCUGCGCACUCGGUUCUGGAAGACAAGUGCAUCACGACAACUGGGAGCUGGAAGUCGUGCAUCCAGCCCCUGAGGGUGUCGACAACGUAUUCAAUCUUCGAGGGAACGGGCACUUGUUGCAGGAAUGGAGCGAUCGUGGGUCUGCGUGCGCGCGCCGCGGUAGCAUCGUCGCCAAGUUCAAGCAUCCCGUCCAUGUGGACUUCGUGACGGUUGCUCCCCUUGAUGGUUGGGGUAGUGAAUACUUAAAGAACGCCAGGCUUCAUGUGAAGAAUGCUGAUGGUGUUUGGGAGCGACUUGCAACAGCCACAGGCCGGGUCGAGCAAAUACCUGUAUUCAGACGGGCUACGAUGUGGCGUUUAUACGGGGACGAAGUUGCUACUGCGGUCCUCAAAUUCCGUAAAGAGCCAGCCCGACCUUGCAGUGAGUUUGAGCAUACGGAGAAGGCGAGGUGCAAAGGAUCCGAUGGCACGUACAAGUUUGUGUACUUCAAGUUUCCUGUCGCGGUCCAUGUAGAUGAUGUGACGGUGCCCGCAGAUCCCAUAUUGACCAGAACGCAAUUGCAAGUGAAGAAUUCAGAUGGUCAGUGGGUUGACGUCGGAGCGCAACUGACAGGGCGAAGCCAGCUUGUUUGGGUCAACAGGGACGGUCGCUUCUGGCGCUUGCGGAAUCUUUCUGGCUUGACUGGGUGGGAUGCGAAUAUCUUCACCUUCACUUCAAAAUGA